AUGACUGGCGUCAGAGGCGAAAGAGGGUCCAGCUCCAUGGCCGGAGGUAUGACUGGCGUCAGAGGCGAAAGAGGGUCCAGCUCCAUGACCGGAGGAAUGGCCAGCUCUCUAGGCGGCGGAGGAGGAUCGAGCUCCAUGGCUGGAGGAAUGUCGAGCUCUUCAGGCGGUGGGGGAACGAGCUCCAUGGCUGGAGGGAUGACCAGCUCAAGAGGCGGAAGAGGAUCAAGCGCUAUGACUGGAGGGAUGUCAAGCUCGGGUGGAGGCGGAUCGGGUUCAAUGGCCGGAGGAAUGUCGAGCUCGUCUGGCGGAGCAGGUUCGAGCUCCAUGGCGGGAGGCAUGGCAAGCUCUCGAAGCGGAGGAGGAUCGAGCUCCAUGGCCGGAGGAAUGUCGAACUCGAUGGGCGGAGGAGGAUCGAGCUCCAUGGCCGGAGGAAUGUCGAACUCGAUGGGCGGAGGAGGAUCGAGCUCCAUGACCGGAGGAAUGUCGAACUCGAUGGGCGGAGGAGGGUCAAGUUCCAUGGCGGGAGGAAUCGCCAUGGGAGGAGGCUCGAGCUCCAUGAGCGGAGCAAUGUCCGGUGCCAUGGGAGGAGGCUCGAGCUCCAUGAGCGGAGCAAUGUCCGGUGCAAUGGGAGGAGGAUCGAUGGCCGGCGGGGGAUCCUUCGCGAGAGGCGGAGGAUUGUCGAGCGCUAUGGCCGGGGGGAUGUCGAGCUCUCAGAGCGGAGGAGGAUCGAAUGCUCUUUGGUUCCCUCUUGAAGCAGUGCUCACAUCGGUGCUCCAUAUCCGGGAAGCUUCAUCGCUCCAAUCUUCGUAUUCAUACGUGUUAGAAGACAGGAGGGCCCGAAGAGCUGCUUGGCGUAAACUUGUGGAAGAAAGGAGGAGAUACCGACGGGAGAGGAGAAACCGAAAUUCAAGAGCCAAACUAUACGGAGGGGAGCCAAGACCACUCCCGGUAUGGGUCGCAUUCCUGCCCAGUACGGCAUCGCCAUGCCCCGAAGCCGUUGAAAAUCUCAAAACAACCGAGGUGCCGCGAGAGCCCGAGGUGAAAACGACGCCCACACCAGCCACGAUUCCGCUCGAGACGACGAGAUUUGGUUUGCUCGCGCUGUUCAGGAAGAAACCGACCCUUGGCCCUUCCGAGGAUCAGGCCCCCGAACCAAUAACAGGACGUCUGGAAUUCCUGAGACCGAAUAAAGACGUCACGCAUGCCCCGAAGACCGAGUCCGAGCGUCCGCUGCCCUCGGAAGACGCAUCGGCCGUAGAAGCGAGUUCAUCAGCCUCGAAUCAGACGGAAAAUGUUUCUCCGGACGCCAUUUCAGGAGGUUCCCCCCCGGUACAGUCUGCGUCCAAAAGACGAAGCUCGACUGGAGGCGCAGACAACUCUCCUUGGUCUCAAGGAGUCAAAUCGAAAGAUUCGAAGAAAGGCAGGAAAAAGCAGAGAGCUGCGCCUACUGUGGACCAAACCGAGCCUGUGCGGGAUGAGGCGGCGGCAGGCGAGGAUGGAUCUCGCGGAGAUGCUCCAGAUCCGGGCUCCGAGAAGACUUUCAUGGACGUGACAACGGAAGUCGACAAAGGACGCGGAGACCGAGAGGAUACGAAAGUUAAAGUUGCGACGCGUGGGAAACGGAAAACCCGUUCGGCAACGAAGCCGAAGGAUGAGUAG